UCGCCGUGGUACAAAAGGCGUAUUGUGUGCGGUGGUCCGAGCUGGGUGACGUCUGCGGUUUCUAUUUGCUGCUUUCUUUGAAGGAAGGGGGAGUGGAUUCUUUGCGUUAUUAUAUUAUUAUUGCUAUUCAAACAAAGAUACAGUUGGUUAUCAAUCGCUGCGUGCGUGGACACGGACUGGAGUUUCAGUGGCCGGGCUCUUCCGAGUCAGGAUUUUUAACGAGAAUAGUAUACUAGAGACGGAGAAAGGAUUAAGACUAUUUUCUGACUACUGCAGAUUCAGGUAACGAUCUCCUGGACGUCCAGCGAUGACUUUCAGCCAGCCAACAACUGCUCUUCUUUCUCUCGUGCUGGGUGUGACAAGUCUGUCCACCUUAGUCCAGUGUGCCAGUGACUGCAUGCUUCCCGUCGCUGACCCCACAUCAAUGUUCAGUCAGAAGAAUUUAACCACGCCUACAGUGUCAGAGCUCGAAGUUGACGGGGUCACUGGGUGCACUGAUAUUUGUUGUCAGGAUGAGCUGUGCAAUGUGUUGGUAUACAACCAGGCAGCAGCCACAGGCGUCGCCAACUGUCUCAUGUACGCGUGUAGGCCUCUCGAAACGUGCAAUUUACAAAGUGGACAAGACCUACUCAUUUUUGUAGACAAGAGUUUUACUGACACACCCACAUCCACCACAUCUGAAACGAGUGGGUCACAAACUGGAGAAGAGGAACAAACUACUUCACCCAGUGCGCCGAGCUCCCCUAAAAACGAGGAAAUUGCUCCUGUAGUUGUUAACAUUCCUUUAGAAAAUGUGAACAACGCAGACAAAGAAACUGCAAAUGCUGAGGGUUUGUCAGAAAACACCGAGAAUGGGGACGGAAAUGUCGGCAGUACAUCUCAAAAUACCGAGGGUACACCUGAAGACACAUUGGAAGAGGACGAAACUGGGCCUCAAAAUGACAAGAGUGAAAACUCUGAAACCGAUCCCCCCGAAGUGCAAAGUCCGUCUACAGAGAACCCAGGAGGUCCAUCUACAAAUGGAACUGAAAAUAGUUCAGGGGAAGCUGGAAAUGAAAUAAUUACUCCGGAAAGUGCUGAAUCAGAAUCCAUUCAGGAAGAUUCUAAUGGCUCCCAGUCAACCCCUCCCUCUUCAGAAGUUCCGGCGACACCAACCGCUACCCCGUCCACAACGACCGCCCCAGACAGUUCAGCUGCUGUCACCCCUGUCCAACCUCCUCCAGCUUCUCAACCGCCAAACACAACACAAGAAGAGCAGGAGGUGGAGAACAUUCCAGACGACAACACACAAAUAAAUACAACGGCAACCAUCACCAUAGUUCCCACUACAACGUUGAGUGGUUCUGAGACCGCCUCAACGGCCGCGCUCCUGCCAACUCCUGAAUCUUUAUCGAACGAUGUUACUAUUGUUGCUCCUACAGCUACUUCUCAUAUAUCACUUUCAGCCAUCUUGAACUCAACUGGGGUUCUAAUGCCAGUGGCAUUGGAUUCCACAGUGCUUGAACAAGAAUCUAUAGCGAUAAAACCCUCGGAGCAAUCAUUUAUACCCUCUCCAACGUCAACAACCGAAGGGAUGGCAACAGCUGCAGUAACUGAUCUUGCUACCCCUUCUACUCCAACGCUGGAAAAUCCUACACCCACGACCGUGGCAAGCUCAUCGUCCGCCCAGAAUAUCUCGCCAACACCAAACGAAAUCGUUUCAUCCGCAGACGAGUCACUGCAGACGACACCACCAAUUGAAAUGACAACAACACAGUCCUUGACUGACGUCACUUUCCCUGGGUACGCCAACGAGCGCAAGCAAUCAACCGCCUCAAAGGAAGGCGUGUCCAACGUCAUGACAGCUGUUCUCGUUAGUUCUUUGACCUUUGGUUGUGUAUUUGUGCUCACUGUGGUUGCUGUGUUGGGAAAACGAAUCUACGACAGCUACCGAAAACGUCACUAUUCCAGAUUAGAUUACCUCAUCAAUGGCAUGUACAACUAAUCUGACCCCAUGAGUACAACAAUAAAUCCAAAUCGUGUUAACUA